CAACUCAGCCAAGCUGGUGCGCUCUCGCCUAUCAAAGCCAAUCGAGAAAAGCAAUCCAGGCCAUUUGGAAUUGGAGUACAGAGAUGUUUGAGAUAUGUACUUGUACUUUAAAUUCAAUGAUUUUAUACGCGUUUCAAACAUCUCCGAAAAGAAACUUUCUCGCAAAGUACGCAUAACGCCAGCAGAGACUGGCACGUAAAAGAAAUGCAUAUAGCGGCCAUAUGUUAAGUUUUAAACGAAGGUUUAGAUAAUAAAUAAAAUAGAAUCAGCAAAUAAGAAUAGAUCGCGGUGUUUUUGGGGAAAACAAAACGCAGCUUACGAUAACCCAUGCUUGAAGAGAAUGUUGGCAGGAUUGUGUCUAUUUUCAUGGCAGAUAAACACGGCCGUUGCUUGAAAGGGUCAAGGUUAUAAUAUCUCGGUACGAAGCAUCGAAAUUGGGGAAAGAUCAGAGGCAUAAUAUUUAAAAAGUACCGUUUGAUACGAUUGAUUGGUAAGUGUGUUUUUGUGUUUCACUGUAAAACGUUGACAGUAAGUUAUAAAGGAAAACAAGAGAGAGAGUAAGAAAAUGAAAAACGAAGAAAUAUGUCAAUAAGAAUGAAAAAUAGGAAUGAUUGAAAAUGGCAUGCGAGAAUAGAUGAAAGUACUGCUGCGCAAUCCGAAUAUUUGAUAGCGGCAAAUGAAAUGAGAGAAUAGUAGUAAAAUUACAAUAAAAACUACCAGAAGUUUUUUGACAAUUGAGUCGUCUUCCCCAAUGAACUGUGGUCGAUUUCAGAUUCAACAGAAAAAAUCAGAAGCGUUUUAUAAAACAAGACGGAAACGGAAAGAACUUAAACAAGGGCCACAAGGUGCUGGUGCGAAAAUUCAAAUGGAAAAUCUACCAACAGUUUGCUUGGUAACGAAAUCAGCGCCAUAUCUUGAAAUUCUCUUUUCGUCGAACGAAUGAAGGAGCAAGGUGCACUCGUAACUCUUAACUAGUAAAUUCGGUCAGUUUCGUCGGUAGAAGUCAAAAGAUCAAACGCAAAGAGAGAAAGAGAGAGAGAGAGAGAGAGAGAGAGAGAGAGAGAGAUGGUAGAGAAAUGGAGAAGAACUCUACACUCGAUCAAUUAAUCACCUUCAUCUUCUGCCGGUUUGAAUAGGAUCUUUCGGUGUUCAGUAUACAUGAGUUCAAUCUGUACGUUUCUUUACGCUAGAAUGGCUGCUCACGUGCAUAAAACACUAAUACAUCACACGAACCGCUCAAUAUUUUAGAUUUGUAUGUUGCAGCGAAAACAUAAGCAUACAUUUAUAUAAAACAAUAUAAAUCAUUUAUUGUGUAUGUAUUCUUUGCUCUAAACACAGAUAUUUAUCUUGGGCCAGUUAUGCGAUGAAUUGUUGGUAUCCAACAGUUUUGUAACCCUGCUCUAACUUACAUUGUGAUAUAACAAAUAAUGCUGUACAAUGUGUGCAAUAUUUUCGAAUUUAUGAAAGUUGGUGCAAUAUUGUGCAUUCGGCUUCCCACUGUGGCAUUUUCUACUGCAAUUGAUCAGUGGUUUAUCUUGUUGAGCCUCAACUAGUGAACGAUUGGAAACUUACACUUGCAGCUUCCAUUCUUAAAUCAAGUAAAAUCCGAUGCUGAAAACGUGGAGAUCAAGCCAAUCGCUUUACCUAUAACUACCUGAUAGUACCGAGAAACACAGACACAGCUAUUCCUAUGAUCUUUUAAAUACAAAUGCACUUCUUUCUGCGAUGAUGAACUCUUAUGAUGGAAAUGGUAAUGAUAAUUCCAAAGCCAUGUGUUGCUUCAUGGAUCAUUUAAUUGGCUGAUUAGACGGUCACUUUGGCAUUGCACACAUCAUCGUUCGACCCAUGAAAUAUAACAGUCUUAAUCUACUGUCCUGAUGAUUGUAUUCAUUCCAUUUAAUUUGAUGUCUGCAAUCGCUUAUAAUCGAUUGCUCACAGGAAGGAUGUUGUUAUGUCAUCGAAAUUAAUGAUAUAACACAAAAAAGAAGUCACCAAUAUUGUGGAACGAAUAUUAAAAGUUUUGCUACAGACUAUUGGUUAUCAAACAAUACUUGUUGGGAGAGAGCCACACAGAACAUACUCGCGUGUAUAGGAACUAAAAGACGAAGGAGUAAUUUGAACAAUUCGUUAUCAGCGUCAGUCAUAAUUUCUAACACCAAGCACAUAGCAUGUCCAUUCAAAGCGUGCCAUACCACAUUAGUAACUCCGAUGGUAUUUGCUAAACAUCCGUUUGGUGGCGCGUGCGAUGUUAACGGCCAGCCUUAACAACAUAGAAAAUGAAGAAUGCGACCAUAGAGGGGAAAAAAUCUAUUACUAAUUCUGUUGUCGUUGGUUUGUGAUUGGCCUGAUGAUUAGAGCCACGCGCCCAAUAUAAAUUAACGACGAUAACCGGCAACUUGCCUUCAAUCGUAGUAGCGCAGUUUUUUUUUUUGAUUUGCAAAAAAAGGAUUAUGAUUAGACACAUACUUAGAUUCCACAUUCAUAUAAUCACUUCGAAAGAGACGGAAUAAACUAGAAACGCAUGAUCGCAUCAAAUCGCAAGGGAUCGUAAUGCCCGACCUGCAUUCCCACCAGAGAAUUGCGUUUGUGUAAUAUUAUGAAAUGCGCAGAACCAGUGAAACGUAACUUUAAACACUGUUCAUGUUCAUCGGUUAGAGAAACGGCCCCAAAACAACCGAAUAGUCCAGGGUAAGGAAUAAGGCAUGUGUGUUUGCAUUUAAAUUUAAUCAAACGCAAAGUGUGCACCAGCAGUGAUAGUGGGUUGAACAGUGAGAAAGACGUAUUUGAGCGGAAGUGCUCAAACGAUUGCGAAAUUUGCGUCGAUUGCAAUGUUGAAGUACCCGGAGAAAGUAAUCGGGACGGAUGGAAUAAAUUAUU